GACUUUUGAGGGUGUAACACAGGGUGCAACUGUGAAAACAAACUGUAGUUGAAUAUACUGUAACAUACAGACUGUGUGUGUAUAACUAUGUGGUAAACUUAUUAUUAUUAUGAAAUAAUUUAAACACGACUCGAAGCAGGUAGAUGUAAAUAGGUGUUAGCAUUAGCUAGCUAGCUGAGGGCGCACAGCCUGUGAAAACUCCCCAGGAAAGAUAAACGUUUCUCACCUUGGCUUUUGCUCUCAGUCCCACUGAGUGUCCAAAGCUCAGAGCAGAGGCAGCAGCUUUGCGAAGCUGGUCAGAAAAUACCAGGAAAACAAACUAACCGUAACCCUAACGCACUGGAUUCAAGUGUUUCUUGGUUUAAAGCUCGUCUGUAGCCAGAGGGGGGGAAGAUGAGCGGCCAUAAAUUCCUGUUCUCCGGGUUGAGGUGGUGGAUUUCAGGAAGAAGUAGAUGGAUGAGUAAACUUCAUGAUGGCCUGAGAGAACAGAGGAUCGCUUCUCUUCACUCGUGCAGCCCAAAAGUGUGUAUUGUUGGAGGCGGUCCGGCAGGUUUCUACACGGCACAACACCUGAUCAAGGCGCGUCAGGAUGUCGAGGUGGACAUUUAUGAGCGGCUGCCCGUCCCCUUCGGCCUGGUCAGGUUCGGGGUGGCCCCUGAUCAUCCUGAAGUCAAGAACGUCAUCAACACUUUCACACAGACAGCCAAACAUACACGCUGCAGUUUCUAUGGUAAUGUGAAUGUGGGGAAGGAUGUGAGCGUUGAGGAGCUGCAGCGAGCCUACCAUGCAGUCGUACUGAGUUACGGGGCAGAGGGAAACAGGAGUAUUGGAGUGCCAGGAGAAGAACUGACCGGCGUGUACUCUGCCAAAGACUUUGUGGGCUGGUACAACGGGCUGCCAAGCUGUCGAGAGUUGAGUCCAGACCUGAGUUGUGAAACAGCGGUUAUCCUGGGACAAGGCAACGUGGCCUUGGAUGUUGCAAGAGUCCUGCUGUCUCCCCUUGACAUUUUAAAGAAGACUGACAUCACCCAGCCGGCUCUGGAGGCUCUGACAGGGAGCCAGGUCCGCAGGGUGCUGAUCGUGGGCAGGAGAGGACCCAUGCAGGUCGCUUGCACAAUCAAGGAGCUCAGAGAAAUGGUGAACCUGCCGGACACCAGACCUGAGAUGGUGGUGUCUGAUUUUGAAGGCGUCACAGAGGCUCUUAAAGAUUUGCCGAGGCCCAGGAAGCGUCUGACGGAGCUGUUGUUGAAGACAGCCCUGGAGACCCCAGGAGAGAAGGAGCAGGAGAGACGAAACAAGGCCUCCCGCACGUGGGGAUUUCGAUUCUUCCGGAGCCCAGUCGAAGUCCUGGCUGACCCCGAGCGCAGCAGAACAGCUGGCGUCCGACUGGCGGUCAACAAGCUGGAGGGCUCAGGUGAGCGAGCUCGUGCGGUGCUCACAGGUGAGGUGGAGGACGUGACCUGCGGCCUGGUCAUCAGCAGCAUCGGCUACAAGAGCCUCCCCAUCGAUCCAUCAGUGCCGUUUGACUCCAGCAAAGCCAUCGUCCCCAACACCAUGGGCCGCGUUCAACAAGCGUCAGGUUUAUAUUGCAGUGGGUGGCUGAAAACUGGGCCCACUGGAGUAAUAGCCACCACUAUGAAUAACAGUUUUGACACUGCACGGUCGCUGCUGGAGGACAUGGACUCGGGAACAGUGGAUGUGUCUGCUGCCAAGUCUGGUUCCCAUAUCAUCAGCAGUCUGCUGGAAGAGAGAGGAGUGAAACCAGUGACUUUCUCUGACUGGGAGAAGAUCGACAACGUGGAGAUGAGGAGGGGUGAAGCCAUAGGAAAACCCCGGGAAAAACUACUGACUGUGGAGGAAAUGCUCCGGGUGGCUCGAACAGUGACUGAAGACAAGAAGCAGUUUUUAGGUAAACAAAGCAGCUGCUGUCAACGGGGACCUCGAUGACUGACCACAGCACAGAAACUAGUUGGUACUACAGUUGAAUUCCUUGUCUUUCAGUGUUUACCUUCAGUCUAAAGCACUGAAAGACCAAGCUGAGGUUUCCUGUUGCAUUAACAUCAGGAAGCUCUAAUCUCUAUUCUCUUCACAUGUCAAAAUAUGUUUUUGCACUAAUCAUAUUUAGCAUCAUGAAUAUUAUUUUUUAUAAAAAUAAAAUGUGAUUUAUAUCCUUGUA